UCCGUGCAGACCAGUGAACACUGGCAGCAGUAGAGGCAGGAUUCUCUUCUGCUCUUGUUUAAUUCUUUUGUGCCACGCGUCCUCCCUGUGAAAACUCUUCCUUUAGCCUAAUUUCUUCCCUUUCUCUGUGUGAAUCCGUACUGUACUCCAAUCAUACUGACAAGGUCGUCCCCCCAUCCUCCUCUAUCUUCAUAUUUGUCAAACUCCGCUUGUUCACGCCAGUAUGGCGUCUGAAAACACAACAGAAACACCCAGUGUACCAGCUGGCGGGCCACUUGCAGCUCGGAUCUCCAGACCAGAGGGCGAUGCCAACCCACCUUCUACCGAGGCAGAGAAGCCGGCCGCUGAGGAUGAUUCCGGAAAAGGCCCUUCGAUCCCACAAGUGGACGGAGCUUCAGAGGAUCAGCGUGGCUCUGAAUUACAGGAUUCCGAAUUUGACGUCAAUGUCAAGCUGAGCGAUUUGCAAGCGGAUCCGAAUAACCCCCUCUAUUCCAUCAAGUCGUUUGAGGAGCUAGGCCUAGCGGAACCUAUUCAAAUGGGGCUGUCCAAGAUGAACUUCCGUCGUCCUUCCAAGAUUCAGGAGAGAGCCUUACCGCUUCUCAUGGCAAACCCUCCGACAAACAUGAUCGCCCAAUCGCAAUCUGGUACCGGAAAGACAGCAGCGUUCGUUUUGAAUAUCCUUAGUCGCCUCGAGUUGACCCCGGAGAAGCAGAAAUCCCCCCAAGCCUUAGUUCUUGCACCGAGUCGAGAACUGGCAAGACAAAUUGUUGGAGUCAUUCAAGCAAUGGGAACAUUUGUCGAAGGACUCUUUGUGGCGACCGCUGUUCCCAUGGAAAUGAAUCGCAAUCAAAGGGUCGAAGCAUCCAUAGUCGUUGGCACGCCUGGAACUGUUCAAGACCUCAUUAAGAAGAGACUAUUCAACACACAGCAUCUCAGAGUUUUGGUCUUGGAUGAGGCAGACAAUAUGUUGGAUCAGCAAGGUCUUGGUGAUCAAUGCAUUAGAGUGAAAAGUUUGCUGCCAAGAACAAUUCAGGUCGUCCUGUUUUCCGCAACCUUCCCUGACUUUGUUGUUCGGUAUGCACAUAAAUUCGCGCCGAAUUCAAACCAACUGACGCUUAAACACGAGGAACUUACCGUUGAAGGCAUUAAACAACUCUACUUGGAUUGUGAAUCAGAUGAGCAUAAGUAUGAAAUUUUGGUUAAGUUCUAUGGACUGCUUACAAUUGGAUCUUCUAUCAUUUUUGUCAAGACACGUGCUUCAGCUGCGGAGAUCGAGCGACGUAUGGUGGCAGAAGGUCAUACAGUAGUUUCUUUGACCGGUGGUAUCGAAGGACAAAAGCGCGAUGAAAUCAUCGAUCGCUUCCGCAAUGGCACAGCGAAGGUCCUCAUAACGACCAAUGUUUUAGCUCGAGGAAUUGACGUGUCCACUGUUUCAAUGGUUAUCAACUAUGAUAUUCCGGAACUACACCUUCCUGGGGCAGCUCGCCGCAUGGCGGAUGCACAAACCUACCUUCACCGCAUCGGACGUACUGGCCGCUUCGGACGCGUUGGUGUGGCCGUGUCAUUCGUUUCUAACCAGGAGGAAUGGCAAAUGCUCCAGGAUAUCCAGAAAUACUUCAGCACCAACAUCGAGCGCGUUGAUACCCGAGAUUGGGACGAUGUGGAGAAGAAGGUCAAGAAAAUAAUUAAGCCUUCUGCCGUUGCCCGUUAA